AUGUUGCUUGGCCUAUUGUUUGCCGUGCCAGCCUUAGCUAGAGAUUUAGGCCAAAAGCCUCAAAUGGGCUGGAACUCAUGGAACAGCUUUAAAAACAAUGUCAGCGAACAGCUCAUCAAAGAUACAGCAAAGGCAUUGGUAGACACUGGCCUCAAGAAGCUCGGCUAUAAUUUUGUCGUCAUCGACGGCGGCUGGCAAGCGUUCGACCGAGACGAGAAUGAACGGCAGCAACCCAAUGCUACCAAGUUCCCGAAUGGCAUCAAAACUGUAGGCGAUGAGAUUCAUGACCUGGGACUCAAAUUUGGCAUCUACAGUGACGCAGGCAUCUUUGACUGCGGAUUCAGCCCCGGGAGCUACGGUUACGAGGAACUCGACGCUCAAACUUACGCUGACUGGGGUGUCGACUACCUCAAAUACGACAACUGUGGCGGCUUUCAAGCCAACACCCUUUCCGUACAGGAGCGCUUCCUGCGUAUGUCGCAUGCACUCAAAGCGACAGGGCGUGAAAUCUUCUACUCUCUCUGCGAAUGGGGCCAUCAGUUUCCCUGGUUCUGGGCGGAUCAGUUUAGUGAAAGCUACCGCAUGUCGGGCGACAUCCACAGCGCGUACAGGAAGGAUGGAUCAGGGAUGUGUACGACGGCAUACUGCUUGAAUACAGGAUACGCUGGGGUCAGCGUUUUGACUAUGAUAAGGAAGAUGCGGGAGCUGUCUAGGUUCCAGAAACCUGGGUCUUGGGCGGACAUGGACAUGCUCGAAGUUGGGACUUAUGGCAUGACAGAGUACCAAGAGCAAACGCAUUUUGCCUUUUGGGCCGCCCUCAAAUCCCCCCUAAUCAUUGGAGCAGAUAUCACGAACAUCACUGAUAAUUCCCUCUCCAUUCUCAAGAACAAGGAGAUCAUCGCUAUCAACCAGGACGAGCUCGGUGCCGCCGUCAACUAUCUCCCAUCCCUAUCCGAAGAAGGCAAAUAUCAAAUUUGGGCGGGCCCUUUAAGUUCUGGCAAGUCUCGCUAUGUGGUUUUGGUCCAGAACUAUGGAAACGAAGCUGUCAAUGCCUCAAUCUCAAUUUCGGAUAUUGCGGAGCUAGAGAAACUUGCUGGCCAGUCUAAACUCCGCAUUAGAGAUGUUUGGGAUAAGAAGGACCUUGGGCGGCUGGGGAAGACGAUUACGCUGGAUAAUAUCGAAGUAGAUCAAGUCAAGGUUUUAGUUCUAUCCAAAGCAUAA